CAGUUUAUGUAGUUUGCUGGCCAGGUGAAGUUUAGUUGUCUUCGUUCCUUGUCUUCUUUCGUCUGCUGCUCACCUGCUGCCUUUUAAAACCUUUUGAAAAAUUCAGCUCAUCACUCACUCUUCCGCGGUCGGUCCAGUGUUAUGGUUCGUAUCGUGGGGCUGCUGCGGUGUCCACUAGAAAAAGAGAUCAUUGGAAAAAGCCAUUAACCAAUUAAGUACGACUUUGUUGUUCGAGAAACAUUUUGUGAGGAGAGAAAGUUAUUGUGAGAAGAAGAAGAAAGGAGUCGAUGGGAUGGACACGGGCGGACUUUUAGUGACGAACACGACGACGACGACACUCCUUCGACCACUACCAAUUAUAAUGUCCGUCUCAAUCCAGAAUAAUCAGCACAAAAGCGGCACCAACGGUAGAAAAGGUUCAACUUCCUCCUGGACGUCGACCUCCUCCCACUCGUCCUCGUCCUCAUCGGCCCUCACCCACUUCAAAAAGGCCCGAGCCGCCCAGUACCUCGAACUGGAGCAGCAACUCCGCAGCACGGAAUCUCAUCUCUCCGACCCCUGUUCCCCACCCCCCGGAAGUAGAAAUAAGGACACCACGCCCAACCUCCUCCUGCAGCGGUACCUCUCCCUCAGCCUGCACAACCAGUCUGCUUCCCCCAACAAAUGGUGUCCCUCUGGUCCUGGUGGAAGUGGUGACCUUUGGCGUAGUCACACCCCCACCAUCACAACGGACGACCACCCCCAACCCCCCUCGCACCUGCUCGUCUGCCCCCCACGCAAAAAACUCCUGGGAUCCAUCUCCUCGCCCGCCUUGACGGAUUUGGACUCCUCCGUCUGCUCGGCGCAGUCAAGUCCGCAUUCGUUGGUCGGGUCGCCGCGUGGCUUGGGGGGAGCCUGGGCGCCCUAUUCCCUCUUCUUCGCCAACUUUGCGGCAAGAAAUAGUACCACCACCAACAAGUCUAACGCGAUGAAGGGUGCUAAUGGAGGAGGUGGAGACGACGAGGAAGGUGACGGUGUCAACAUUGCCCCGAUAAAUUACUGUAUCAAGGAAGAAGUCGAAAUCGACCAGGAAAACGGGUACAAGAUGAAUCUGGGACGGAGCGGUGGUGCUUUUCGGCGGAGUCGGAAUGACGUCGUCGUCCGCAUGGAGGAAGAUGACGACGACGGGUCGAAUGACGACAUGCCUUUAAACCUGAGCCUUAAACCGGCCCCAUCCGCGACCGGGUCACCGCAACAGGGUCCCCUCCCUCCAACAACAAUGAUGCUAAGUAACCACGGGGUCUUAUCCCAUCACCGGUACCACCACCAAAAUUAUCAUCACAACAACUCCUCGUCCUCCUCGUCCUCCUCACCCACGACAAAGCUGUCCAUCGAUCUCCCCCACAACCCUCAAGCCAGUCCUGGAAUCUGGUCACCCGCCUCCGUCCUCGAGGAGGAAGAACAACGCCGUCGACUGCACAACUACAUUUUGACCUCGCAUCUCCUCAACGCGCAGCAACAGUCGCAAAAUACGUCGACAAGUCCCAUUUUACAAAACUCUCUGCAACAAAUUACCUUGCCUGGUGGUACGAUAACCAAAGAUAACGUGCACGGAAUUACGGUGACGAAUCUGAAAAAGGAACAUCCUUUAAUGGACGCUUUAAUCUCAACGAGUGGGCAGAGCAACGGUGCCGGUGGAAUGUUGGACCCGCACCAUUUGCUGGCAGAAUCGGCGUCCUCUUCGGCUUCCUCUCCUACGGCGACAAACGUUAAGAAAAAGGGGACGAAAAAGUCGGGAAAUUCGCCACGAACUUUUCAGUGUAACCAGUGUGGGAAAGCGUUCAAAAGAUCGAGCACCCUGUCGACGCAUCUUCUCAUCCACUCGGACACCCGCCCUUUUCCCUGUCCAUACUGUGGAAAAUGCUUUCACCAAAAGAGCGACAUGAAAAAGCACACGUACAUCCACACUGGAGAAAAGCCGCACAAAUGCCAGCUGUGUGGAAAAGCGUUUUCCCAGUCUUCCAACCUCAUCACCCACUCGAGGAAACAUACCGGCUUCAAACCGUUCAGUUGUGGCUUGUGCUCGCGUGCUUUUCAGCGAAAAGUUGACCUGCGACGCCACAUGGAGACGCAACACUCGGCCGAACCGGAGAAUACUAGUUCAAACUAUGACGACUCCCCAUCCACGACGGGGGGUGGGUCUCCCCCCUCCUUCAACUCGGAUAACGACUCCUCCACGACCAGCCCGGCACAGCACGGGGUCAAAGUUGAGAGCAGUUGUGUUAUCAAGGAUGAGAUUGACGAGUCAGAAUAAAAUAGAGACCACCAGAGACUAAAAAGAGGUUUAGAACUACAUAAUUACAAAUUAUUCGAUAGUAUUAUCAGUUAUUUUAUUAACGACCAAAAACCUAAUCCGUCCAAAAAAUCUUGCCCUUGACCCAAAAAUCGUUACAUCCAUCCAAAUUAUUUAGUGUGAAAAAGUUGACCAAGAAAAAAAACUAGUUUAUCAAUUAUUGUGCCUUGAUUAAACUUUUGACCUUUGAAGAAAAGUUACGUAAUACGUAUUGAUGUGCGAGGUGAAUUUAUCUAGUGAUGAGUUUAGUCGGGUGGAGAAGGUUUUAGACAGAUUAAUGUUUAAUUAGAGUCAUGAUACGAUGCAUAUUUAGGUUGUUGUUGGUAUGAAAUUGUGCGAAUUUAGUAUCGACGUGGCGUGUGGACGCAUGACCAGUAAGUAUUUCCUAUUAAUUAAUUAGUAAAUAUUCGUAGAGGUUGACAUAUCUAGAUUAAAAUUGUUAUUUGACUAACAAAAUCGAAUAAUAAUUAAAAGCAACUUUAUGAUGCCAUUUACCUGUAAAUUAUUAACUUGCCGCACAAUUAGAAAUGAUUAAUUAUGUAAUAAUUCUGAAAAAAACUAGGUCACUCUAAAAAAAUAUGUACCAAAAUGAGCACAGAAAAUGCACCUGCCUAUUUAGUUCUCGAGUAUAAUUCAGUUAAAUGAUCACACUCUUCACGAGAUUAAGGUUUUAAGAAAUUAUCGAUAAAUACGAGAAAACCCUUCGAUUCAUUAGAUUAGUAGUAGCAAUUAAUUAGUUAAUUAAUUAGUAGUAAUUGUACCUCCAUAUUUUUAAUUUUUGGUUCAUUUAUUUUAAGAUAAUAUAACCUAAAAUAUGAGAGAAAACGACCACAAACUCGAGAAUGGGAAAAACUUAUGCUUAUCAUUGUACCAUAUCAUCCAUCCCACCGUAGUGUUUAAUUAAUACGGGAUUAGCACAACACCAAACAAAGUACAUAAUAUUUAAUUUUACGCUAUUUUUAUUUGUAAUAUUAUGUUAAUUUAAUAAUUAUUUUAUAUUUUAUACAUUACAAAAAUGACGCUUGAAAUCCAAAAAGAAAAGGAUUAAUUCCAUUUUAUGUAAAGCACUUGCUCAAUUUUGAUAAUUUUUGCUCAUUAGAUUCUAGUUUUUUUUUAAUUAAAUUAAUUUUUAAGCAUUAAAACCACUGUUACCUUUGAGAAGCGAAGAACUUUUUUUAAUACAAGUAAUUCAAUAUAAUUUAUGCAGAUUAUGCAGAUUUGUCCGCUAAACUACAUUUACUGGACAUUUUGAAAUAAUCUUGAAGUAUGAAAUGCUUAUGAAAAUUGAAAAGUGAUAAACAACCACGUUGAAUGAAUCGGAUAACAAUAGUUUCAUCUUUUUUUUUUAUUGUUACAUAUUUAUUUAUGAGUCAAUCGCAGUAGUUAAAAAAAUAAUUAAUGCAUUUCUUCAUGCAUUCGACGAUGAUAUUAUAUAUAAAAAAACACACAACACGUAUUUGUAUAUUUUUUGCACCAAAGUAAAUAAAAAAACUUAUUAAACCUA